GCACGUCUUGAAAGCCACGCUCAGGCGUUCGAGGGUCUUCUUUCUCUGAUUCCCGCCAACGAAUACUAUUCCAAGGACAACAGCAAGCGCCAAGCGAAGCGCGCAAAACUCGACCCUGCAAACCAAAAAUCCGCAAAGGACGUCAUGGAUGAGAACGAGCGCAAGAGAAAGCGAGAGCUGGGAAUCGACGACGACGACGACGAGUCCUCUGCACAAAUCGAUAUACCCGCUGGCAAAGACCAACCCGCAAAGAAGCAAAAGGUCGACGAAGAGGAUGAUGAUGAUGAUGAUGAUGAUGAGGACAGUGACGAUGGCGCCGACGCUACUUCAAGCACCAAAAAUUACAAGCAGAGAAGAGAAAGGAGAAGCGCCAAGGAAAAGGCCGACAAGCAAAAGGCAAAGCUGGAUGCUAAGAAGGCCGCUCGCAAGCAAGAACCUCAAUCCGCCGCCGGUGCUGAGGAGUCUGUCGAUGAGGAUAUGCAAGACGCCGGAGACGUAUCCGCCGAUGAGGCUGCCGACGACGCCAUGGACUUCUCUGGCCUGCAAGCNCCUGAUCAACCUGAGGUCUUCGACAACUCCACAAACCAGUCUGCCACAUCCUCCACAUCAUCAAUAGUCCCCGCCUCAAAUCCCACAGAAGAAGACGCAUCUGCCACGACGAAGCCUAAGAAAGCACUUGCUCUUAAACUACCAGAGGUCAACGCCGAAGAGCUGCAAGCCCGCCUCAAGGCUCGUAUCGAGGCCCUGCGCGCUCAGCGCAAGGCUGAUGGUCCCACUGGCGGCCCUCGCAACAGACAGGAACUGCUCGAGUCGCGUCGCAAGAAGGAGGAAGCUCGCAAGCAGCACAAGAAGGAGUUGCGCUUGAAGGCCAAGGAAGAGGAGGAGCGCCUCAACAACGAGCGCCUACGCGGCAGCGGUAGUCCCCUAGCUACUCCUGACAUCUUCUCACCACGCCCUAUAGACGAGAACAACUUUUCCUUCGGCCGCGUCGCAUUCGACGAAGAAGAGACUGACCCCACACUCGGCUCCAUCGCUGCACACAAGAAGAAGAAGGGCCCUUCAGAUAUUAAGACCGCCCUGGCCGCUGCCGAAAGGAAAGCUCAGCGACUCGCCGGCAUGGACGAGGACAAGCGCAAGGAGAUUGAAGAGAAGGACAUGUGGCUCAACGCAAAGAAGCGCGCCCACGGCGAACGCGUCAAGGACGAUCAAUCCCUCCUCAAAAAGACCCUGAAGCGCAAGACAGACCAAAAGACAAAGAGCGCAACACAGUGGAACGAGCGUCUCGACAAUGUCAAGAAGGGCAAGGAAAUGAAGGACAAGAAGAGAACCGAAAACCUAGCCAAGAGAGCCGCUGAGAAGGGCUCCAAGAAGGGUGGCAAGAAGGGAGCCAGCGGUGGUGCAAAGAAGAAGGCAAGACCCGGCUUCGAGGGCAAAGGGUUCAAGGCUUGA